GCUGCGGGCCGGAUGUGGGGGAAGCCGGGUGGUCAGCGGGGCUGGCGGCCGUCGAUGGGGACCAGGACGGCCAGUGGGGAACGGCGCCGGCGGUGAAACGCGGAGUCCAGCCUUGGAUCAUGAAUUCCAGUGUGAUUUCUGGUGCCUGGAUUCUGUGCAUCUCCCUAUGAAGUCAUCCAAACCAGUGCUUCUCUGUAUCCCAUCCGUACCGCUCCAGGCCUCUCCUCCAGGCUGAUGUGGGGCCUGUUAAUGACCUCAGCCCGAGUGCUGGUUGUUGAUGACCUCAGCAGAGAGCACUCAGUUCAAUUACCGGCUUGGCACUGACUAAGGGCCAUCUGUCUUCUAGACAAGAAGUCUCUGCAGUCUAGCUUUGGUCCUUCCCAACAAUACAUCCUGCUGGCUGAGGAGCUCUCUAGCUCUCAGCUUCCAUGGAGGUGUCGUCUCGCCCGCCCAAGAGCUGGCACCAUGACCUUGACCAAGGGCUCCUUCACCUACUCCAGUGGGGAGGAGUACUGCGGGGAGUGGAAGGAAGGCCGCAGGCACGGCGUUGGCCAGCUAAUGUUUGCAGAUGGCGGUACCUACCUGGGUCACUUUGAGAAUGGGCUCUUCCAUGGCUGCGGGGUGCUCACCUUCUCCGAUGGCUCCAGGUACGAGGGGGAGUUCGUGCAGGGAAAGUUCAAUGGCGUCGGAGUUUUCACGCGCUACGACUCGAUGACCUUCGAGGGCGAGUUCAAGAGCGGGCGUGUGGACGGCUUCGGGCUCCUGACCUUCCCCGACGGCUCCCACGGGGUGCCCCGCAGUGAAGGCUUCUUUGAGAACAACAAGCUGCUGCGGCGGGAGAAGUGCCCAGCCGUGAUCCAGAGAGCUCAAAGUGCCUCCAAGUCCGCACACAACCUUCCGGCGUGACCGUGCUGCCAUGGGACUCCGCUGCCCACCCGUGGCCCCUCCUGCCGCUGGGGGCAGGAGCUGCAGUGCCCAGGCAGGCCGGGGAGGGGUGUUGGCAGAGCCAGUGUGCCUGCUCGUCACAGGCCCCAGCAUAGCUGGCUGCCUUCCUCCUGCUGGCUAGAGAACAUCCUCCGAGUGCCCACGUCCUGGAUCCUGGGGACUCUGAGUGCUGCCCCCCACUGGGGGGAGACAGGAUACCCCCUUCCCUAGGGCUCUGUUCACUGCCUUGGGGCUCUCCAUACAGACCCCUGGCACAGCCCCCGUGGCCAGCCCUGUUGCUGGGCUUUGUGGGGCAGUGGAGGGGGUAACCUGCCAGGGCCUUGAUGCCCAUGGUUAGCAGGGGAUGCAGCUGGGAGCUGCUGCACCUGUGUCCCCGAAGCCAGGCAUGCCCAGGCGGUGCCCCCCAAGCUCAGCGGGAAUAGUGCCCGUCCCCAGCAGGGUGCUGACCAAGGCCUGACUUCGCUAGUGGGAUGUGGCCGUGGCAGGGAGCUGGUAUCUCCCUGCCCCUUCUUGUUCUGAUGCUGGGGGCAGGGCAGGGCCCCUCCUCCCUUGCUCUGGGUGUCCUGGCCCCAUGGCCCCUGCCUUCCCCUCAGCUCUCCCAAGGGCAUCUGGCCUGAGCAGGCCCAGGGCUCCUCCCAGCCAUGCCCUGGGCAGCGAGACUUGGCCUCUCUGUGUCCUGGGGGCUGUCUGGUCACUAGUGCCUUGGCACAGGGUCGGGCCAGGGCUGUGAGCGCUGAAGGGCUCCAGGGCGCGCUGUGGGUCUGCACUGCCUGGCCUCCAUUCAGCCCUAGUGAGCACCGGGGUGCAGCCUGGCAGUGCCAGUGUUGGGGGCUGCAGGCCUGGAGGGCUAGGAAGAGCAGGGGCUGAGGGGGGAGCCAGGGCUCAUGGGGCAGGAUGGGGGGAACCAGCAGAGCUGCACACAGGGACCCCCCCGCCUGCCUGUCUGCGGUGUCGGUUCUUUGCUGGGAGCAGUAGCCCUCACUCCUGACGCCGAUGUGGGGAGUCCGGGGCCUGGCCCACCUGGGGGCCGUGUGAACAGCGCCAGCCGCGCUGCUGCUGCCCUCGUGCCUUGUUGUAUCCUGCCCCCGGGGCCUCGGCGAAUAAACCGUGUUGCCAAACCUG